UAGUUUCUCUUAUAAACUUAAACUGUAAUGUAUUCGAUCGAUGAUUCCAGCUCUUAUUUCAUUGAACACUUAAAAAUUUGUCUACUUUUCUCCUGAGUAUAUAGAGGAGGGAUAAGCAAUUCAAUAUUAGGAGGAGAUGGAGUCAGAACACAGUGACCGCACUGCUCGCCCCAAAAAUAUUGUGCUUCGACUGAGAAGUGAGACGGAGUCUUUGGAGGAUGGGUAUGCAUGGAAAAAGUAUGGCCAAAAGUCCAUAAAAAACAAGACUUAUGCACGGAGCUACUUUAGAUGUAAGGAAAGAGGUUGCAAUGUGAAAAAGCAAACACAGCGCUGCUGCGAUGAUCCAGAGUUCGUACUGAUAAGUUACCAAGGACUACACAACCAUUCUUUCAAGCCCGAGUCCACAUUAUCUUGUGGGUAUGAUCUGAGGGUGCAGUUCUUUCAGCAGGUGCCUGAUAGUCGCCAUCAAGGUACUCCAAAUUCUUCUGUAUCUUCUGUUCAGUAAAGUGGGAUAAUGGUUAUUCAGUUUUUUGGAAAAUUUUUAGCUAGAUAAUUCUCAGAAUGGUCGUGUCAUCCAAUUUAGGAAGCUUCCAAAGAAGUAUAAUUCAUCACCCAUUAUUACUUUCCAAGUAAUA